UAAAGAUUCAACAGAAUCUCGUGAAUCUCUCUAACCUCUAUAAACUCUAAUCUCUCUCUCUCUGUAUCUUCUUCAUUUCUCAAAAACAAAGAUUAUCAAAUCCUCUCUUACACGUUGCAAAAAAUGGCGGCGAGUCUCUCUUGUUCCGCCUCUGAUUUGAUUCCUUUACUAUCAGGUGGAGCCAACGCAACAGCCGCAGCAGCAGCAGCUGAAUACAUCUGCGGGAGAUUCGAUACAGUCGCCGGGAAAUUCACAGACGCGUCUUACGCCAUCGACAACACUUUCCUCCUCUUCUCUGCUUACCUCGUUUUUGCCAUGCAGCUAGGGUUCGCCAUGCUCUGUGCUGGAUCUGUACGCGCUAAAAACACGAUGAACAUCAUGCUCACCAACGUCAUCGACGCUGCGGCCGGAGGUCUCUUCUAUUACCUCUUCGGUUUUGCCUUCGCCUAUGGAUCUCCUUCUAAUGGAUUCAUCGGAAAACAUUUCUUCGGGAUGAAUGAUUUCCCUAAACCUUCUUUUGAUUAUCCUUAUUUUCUUUAUCAAUGGACGUUCGCCAUCGCUGCUGCUGGGAUCACGAGCGGUUCCAUCGCAGAGAGGACUCAGUUCGUUGCGUAUUUGAUCUAUUCGUCGUUUCUUACGGGUCUUGUUUACCCUAUUGUCUCGCAUUGGUUCUGGUCUUCUGAUGGUUGGGCUUCUCCAGCUAGAUCUGAGAACCUUUUGUUUCAAUCAGGUGUGAUUGAUUUCGCUGGAUCUGGUGUUGUUCAUACGGUUGGAGGUAUUGCCGGUUUAUGGGGAGCUUACAUCGAAGGACCACGGAUUGGUAGGUUUGGUCAUUCGGGUAAACCGGUUGCGUUGCGUGGUCAUAGCGCCACGUUGGUUGUUUUAGGAACGUUUCUGUUAUGGUUUGGAUGGUAUGGUUUCAACCCUGGCUCGUUCGCUACUAUUUUUAAAUCGUAUGGUGCGUCUCCGGGGAACUCGUUUUACGGACAAUGGAGCGCUGUUGGUAGAACUGCCGUGACGACUACGUUAGCUGGUUGACGAUGGGAACUCUGGGUUAGUUUGACGAUGGGAACUCUGUUUUUUAUUUUACAUAAACUGAAACUGUUGAGGAUACCGGCGGAGGAUGAGAUCGCCGGAGUGGAUCCGACGAGUCAUGGAGGGUUGGCGUAUAUGUACACAGAAGAUGAGAUCAAGAAUGGGAUCAUGGUUAAGAAGGAGGGUGAAGGACAACAAUUAGGUGUUUGAUUUUUGUUUGGUUUAGUAAUGUUUAUUUAGCUUUGUGAUCUUAGUAACGCAUGGGAAUAAAAAGUAUAUUAGUUUCGCUGUUUAC